AUGCGCGCGCGAGGGCGCGUCGGCGCCGCGCGCGUCGGUGCGCGCGCGAGCGAGAGCGCGAGAGCGAAUGGACGCGCGCGGACGCGCGCGCGCGGUGGCGUCGAACCGGGGAUCACGGGACCGAGCGUCCGUCGAGGAGGGUGCGACGUGGGCGACGACGGCACGUCGGUGGAUGCCGUGGUCUCGGUGGAGGUGACGCGGGCGUCGGAGACGCGAUCGAGGGUGCGGGUGCGAUCGCGCUCGGCGCCGGGAUUGCUUCGGAGCGUGGCGUGGGCGCUCAACGGAAUGGAUUUGAUCGCGCACGAGUGCGCGAUCGCGACGGACGCGGAGGGGAUGGUGGAUAUGGAGUUUGAGGUCACCGAAAGGUGUGGGUCGAGCGGGACGAAGCAGCGGGCGAUCGAGGAUGAGGAUUUGAUUCGCGAGCGAUUGUUCGAUUACCUGGCGCAAUGUUCGCCGCACGGAGAGGACGUGGACGCGCAGGAGCGGUUGGAGGAGGAUGGGGUGAUCAUCGAUAACUCUAAAAACUCUGAUUCGACCUACGUCGCGGUGCGCGUGCCACCGGGGCUGACGAGCGACGCGAUUUUGUUGUAUCCCAUCGGGAACACGUUCACGGGGAGCGGACUCGUGGUGAAAAGCGGCAAGCUCACAAAGGGCGUCGAUCACGCCACGGGCGCGGCCUCGAAGACGUGGGAGUUCGACGUUGUUCGGAACGACGACCGCAAGAAGUUGCUCCCCGAACAAUUGCAGGCGCUGAUGUACACGCUCGCCUUGGUGUGCUCGCCGUCGUCGUUCGGGCGCUCGCACGCUUUCACGUCUCGAUGA